UCGCAGAAACAAAGAGAAGAAAAGAUGGGAGCAAAAGGUUGGUUUAUCCUCAAGCUGCUAAUGUUUCAAGGUCUUUUCGUUUCACGUCCGCAAGAAGACUUUGAUUUCUUCUACUUAGUUCUUCAGUGGCCAGGAGCCUAUUGCGAUACAACGCGUGCUUGUUGCUAUCCAACAUCCGGUAAACCCGCAGCAGAUUUUGGUAUCCACGGUCUAUGGCCUAAUUAUAACGGUGGUUCAUGGCCAUCAAAUUGUGAUCCCGACAGCCAAUUUGAUAGAUCUCAGAUAUCGGAUCUCGUAAGUAGUUUGAAAAAGAAUUGGCCAACACUAUCAUGUCCGAGCAACGAAGGGUUCAAAUUUUGGGAACACGAAUGGGAGAAACACGGCACAUGCUCCGAAUCCGUAAUGGACCAACAUGAGUACUUUGAAAAUGCUCUUAAACUCAAAGAAAAAGCCAAUCUCCUCCAAAUCCUCACAAACUCCGGAAUUAACCCGGAUGAUGGAUUCUACAGUCUGAAAAAGAUCACCAAUGCGAUAAAAAAUGGGAUUGGAUUUACACCAGGAAUCGAAUGUAACAAAGAUCCGGAGCGUAAUGACCAGCUUCAUCAGAUCUAUAUUUGUGUUGAUACAUCAGGAACUGAAUUUAUCGAAUGUCCAAGUCUUGUCGUGUCUUCGUCUCCAACAGCACCAGACUUCAAUUUCUUCUACUGGGUCAACUAUUGGCCAGGAGCAAUAUGCGAUAGCCAAAAAGGAUGUUGUCCUCCAACGAAAGGCAACACGGCGUCGGAUUUUAUCAUCCAUGGACUCUGGCCUCAAUUCAACAAUGGAACUUGGCCUGCGUUUUGCGACCAAACAAAUCUCUUCGAUAUCUCCAAGAUAUCAGAUCUAGUAUGCCAAAUGGAAAAGAAAUGGACAGAGUGGGGAGUGUGGGCAUGUCCAAGUAACGAGACAAAUCUAUGGGAACACGAGUGGAACAAGCAUGGCACAUGUGUCCAAUCUAUCUUCGAUCAACACUCUUACUUCCUUACCAAUCUCAAAUUCAGACACAAACUCAAUCUCCUCAACAUCCUUAUACAAAAAGGAAUUAAACCAACUGAUGGGUUUUACGGUUUGGACGAGAUCAAGAAUGCGAUCAAAUGCGUGAUCGGAUUUGCACCGGGUAUCGAAUGCAAUGAAGAUGUAAAGGGGAAUAAGCAGCUUUUCCAGAUCUACAUAUGUCUUGAUAAUUACGCAAAAGAGUUUGUGGAAUGCCCGUAUGUUCCGGAUAAAUCAUGUGCUUCUAAGAUCAAGUUUCCAAAGUUUCCGGAGAGAGAUCCUCUUAGUGAGUCUCUAAGUGUGAUGUCCUCUGUUUCAACUACCUAGAAAACAAGUGGGUUUGUGUUUCAAUAAGAGAGUGCAGGUGAA